CAGUGGAAUUCCCUCUGAAUGUGACAGUAGGUCAUAAGUAGCUUUACAUUUUGGCCCUCAGCAAUGUUUAUCGGUUUGAAGAUACCAGCUGCUUAACAGUCCAGAUUGUUAAACUCAUAAUAUGUUUAUUUGGAUUUAUAAAACAAGUGGGAAUAUCUAGAAAGUCUCAUAUCCUUUGAAAAAAUAAAAUGUAGGUUUAACUUAUUUUAGUAAGCUAGCAGAAGAAAACCUUUUCCAAAGAAAGAAUUAAUUUGCUUUCAGUAAAUUACAUUUUUUCUUCUUAGCAGUCUUGAGGAUAAGCGAACUGCUGUGGAAGCCAACAGACCAUUAAUGACUGGGUUCAGAGAUCUCUGGGGCUCUUCCAGAGAGCAGUGUGCUCUUAACUUACUGUCUUUCAUGCCAGAGAGUGUUCUUAGAGCAGCGGUUUCACAUCCUCUCUUGUGCUUGUUUGACCCUUUAUGAGGCUUAUCCAGUGUACAAAGUUGUCAACUUGCUGUAGUUGAAAUAGCUCUGUUGGAGGAAAUGCCGGAGAAAGGUGGGCAUGCUGCAGUCGGUGGGUGGGUCCUGCCUCUCAGAUGAAGAGGCCUGUCCUGAGCAGCCAUUUGGAAAUACUCUCUCAGAUAUAUGCAGAGUCUGUCGGUCUGAAGGAACUCCUGAGAAACCUCUCUAUCAUCCAUGUGUGUGUACUGGGAGUAUUAAAUUUAUUCAUCAGGAAUGCUUAGUUCAGUGGCUUAAACACAGCAGAAAAGAAUACUGUGAAUUAUGUAAGCACAGAUUUGCUUUCACACCAAUUUAUUCCCCAGAUAUGCCUUCACGGCUUCCAAUCCAAGACAUCUUUGCUGGACUGGUUACAAGUAUUGGCACAGCAAUACGAUACUGGUUUCAUUAUACACUUGUGGCCUUUGCAUGGUUGGGAGUAGUACCUCUUACUGCAUGUCGUAUCUACAAGUGCUUGUUUACUGGCUCUGUGAGCUCACUACUGACACUGCCAUUAGAUAUUCUAUCAACGGAGAACUUGCUGGCUGACUGUUUGCAGGGGUGUUUUGUGGUAACUUGCACUCUGUGUGCAUUCAUCAGCCUUGUUUGGUUACGUGAACAGAUUGUCCAUGGAGGAGCACCACAAUGGUUGGAACAAAAUCAGCAACAGCCACUCAAUGGUGUUGGUCAACCAAAUGAGGCUCAGGCUGUUGUCAAUGGAGGUGUUGAAAAUGCUGUGCUGGAUCAACCUGCUAACCCAGCUGCUGAGAAUGCAGUUGUAGGUGAGAACCCUGAAAUUCAAGAAGAACAAGUAGAUGAAGAGGAGGAGGAUAAUGAAGAUGAAGAAGAUGCUGUAGUUGAAGAUGCAGCAGAUGCAAACAAUGGAGCACAAGAUGACAUGAACUGGAAUGCUUUGGAAUGGGAUCGAGCAGCAGAAGAACUUACUUGGGAGCGAAUGCUUGGACUUGAUGGAUCUCUGGUUUUUUUAGAGCAUGUUUUUUGGGUGGUAUCUUUAAAUACAUUGUUCAUACUUGUGUUUGCAUUUUGUCCAUACCAUAUUGGUCACUUCUCCAUUGUUGGCCUGGGCUUUGAAGAAUAUGUUCAAGCAUCUCACUUUGAAGGCCUGAUUACAACUAUAGUCGGAUAUGUUCUGCUAGCAGUGACUUUAAUUGUUUGCCAUGGUUUGGCAGCUCUUGUUAAGUUCCAGCGAUCACGUCGUUUAUUAGGAGUUUGCUAUAUUGUUGUCAAGGUUUCCUUGUUAGUAGUGGUUGAAAUUGGUGUGUUUCCUCUCAUCUGUGGCUGGUGGCUGGAUAUAUGCUCUUUGGAGAUGUUUGAUGCCACUUUGAAAGAUAGAGAAUUGAGCUUUCAGUCUGCCCCAGGUACCACAAUGUUUCUGCACUGGUUAGUUGGGAUGGUUUACGUCUUUUAUUUUGCAUCCUUCAUCCUUUUAUUGAGAGAGGUAUUGAGACCUGGUGUCUUAUGGUUUCUCAGGAAUUUGAAUGAUCCAGACUUUAAUCCUGUGCAGGAAAUGAUUCACUUGCCCAUUUAUAGACAUCUCAGGAGAUUUAUCUUAUCAGUGAUUGUCUUUGGAUCAAUUGUACUGCUCAUGCUCUGGCUUCCUAUACGCAUUAUUAAAUAUCUUCUGCCUAACUUUCUUCCAUAUAAUGUUAUGCUUUACAGUGAUGCUCCAGUAAGUGAGCUUUCCCUAGAGCUUCUUCUGCUUCAGGUAGUGCUUCCAGCUUUGCUAGAACAAGGACAUACAAGACAGUGGUUGAAAGGUCUUGUACGAGCAUGGACUGUUACUGCUGGCUACUUGCUGGAUCUCCAUUCUUACCUGCUUGGUGACCAGGAAGAGAAUGAAAACAAUGCAAACCAGCAAGCUAACAACCAACAUGCUCGCAAUAAUAAUGCCAUUCCAGUUGUGGGGGAAGGUCUUCAUGCAGCCCAUCAAGCCAUACUUCAACAAGGAGGACCUGUGGGUUUCCAGCCUUAUCGUAGGCCUUUAAAAUUCCCGCUCAGGAUAUUUCUUUUGAUUGUUUUCAUGUGCAUAACAUUACUGAUUGCUAGUCUUAUCUGCCUUACCUUACCAGUGUUUGUAUUUUCAGUAUUUGCUGGCCGUUGGUUAAUGUCAUUUUGGACGGGGACUGCCAAAAUCCAUGAGCUGUAUACAGCUGCCUGUGGUCUUUAUGUGUGUUGGCUAACUAUCCGAGCAGUGACAGUGCUGGUCGCCUGGAUGCCACAGGGUCGUCGAGUGAUUUUUCAGAAGGUUAAAGAAUGGUCUCUCAUGAUAAUGAAGACAUUAAUAGUGGCUAUACUGCUAGCUGGUGUGGUUCCGCUUUUACUUGGUCUUCUGUUUGAACUAGUUAUUGUUGCACCUUUGAGAGUUCCUUUGGAUCAAACACCUCUCUUCUAUCCUUGGCAGGACUGGGCUCUUGGAGUUUUGCAUGCCAAAAUAAUUGCUGCCAUAACACUGAUGGGUCCCCAGUGGUGGCUGAAAACUGUUAUUGAACAGGUAUAUGCAAAUGGGAUUCGUAACAUUGAUUUACACUUCAUAAUUCGUAAACUGGCAGCACCCGUAAUCUCUGUUCUGUUGCUUUCCCUGUGUGUACCAUACAUCAUAGCCUCUGGUGUUGUACCUUUAUUAGGAGUUACUGCUGAAAUGCAAAACCUUGUUCAGCGACGAAUUUAUCCUUUUCUGCUUAUGGUGGUGGUUUUGAUGGGAAUUCUCUCCUUCCAAGUCCGCCAGUUCAAGCGCCUUUAUGAACAUAUUAAAAAUGACAAGUACCUUGUCGGGCAACGACUUGUGAAUUAUGAACGGAAGUCUGGUAAACAAGGCACAUCAACAACUCCACCUCAGUCUUCACAAGAAUAGAUGGUCAUAAACAUCUUGACCUUCCCUUUGCCUUUACAUGUCCUUUUUUUUCAUAGACUCUUCUUCAGUCUUUGAAUAUCUCUUCCAAUAAUGCUCUCAGCAGUGUUUUGGCUUCUGUUAAUAGCAUCCAGAUAGCAGUUAAGGCUCUGUUCCUUAUCUGCAUUUUUCUGAUGUUAUCAAUGCUGUCUGAGGUCUGUAUAUGUGUAAAUAGAAGUAUCCUGACACCCUAAAACCUUGGAUUAAAAAGAAUGUGCAUUGUACAUCUUUAAAAAAGUAUAUUAAUUUAUUAAAUCUAGUUGUCACUUUAUUUUGGACUGCUGUUCUGUUGACAAUGUGCCACAAAGCAAUACUGCAAAGAGGCAAGAUGUUUUUAUAAAAUUUGGAGCUUACUUUAUGGCGUUCAUAACAGUUCUUACUGUAGUAAUAUAGUAUGAGUUUUCAUGAGUGGAAGAACCACACAGAAUAUCAGAAGUAAGUAACUGUCUUACAGUCAGCAAUGAAGUGGCUGUGGUGAGAACAUAAUGAACUAUGUAUCUUGCUGUCAAGUCUUUUUUAUUAUUUUGUAUAACACCAAAGCUGUUGUACAUUUUUCUAUUGCCUGAUUGUUUUUCAUGUGUCUGAGUUUGUAAUAUUGUACAGUUGCUGUUAAAUCAAGAAAAUACUUCCUCUUCUGAGAAUUCAGAUGUACUUGUUGAGACUCAGCUGGGUGUUUCUGUUGGGGGAGAUUGGGGGGGGGACACAAGGGGGGUGGUAUCGGCUUUAGGCAUCAGGAUUUCCUGAACUGAAACAGUAAAUAAUUUACUAAGGUUAGGUGAUGGAAGCAUUUAAAGGUACCAAGGAUUAGAUAGGUUCAUAACUGAAAUUGUAGCCAAUUUCUUAUCAAUAAUAGAAAUUUUCAGGACCUCAGGGGGAGGGAUGAACCUUAUCUGAUGUGUUUGCACAAAAACAACAGAGUGUAAGCACCAUUUUGACCUGGUCCUUAACUAAAGAGCCUGAAAUCUUUUUUUUCUGUAAGUUACCAAAGUUGCAAAUUUUAGUAUGAAUUUUAUAUUGCACAGUUACUUCAAA